AUGGUGUCCACCGUCUCCGCUGCCCAGCGCGGCAAGACGGCCUUCUUCACGAUGGACGAUGCCAAGGCGUCCUUCAACCUCUUCUGCUCGGUCUUGGGCAUGGGAUCGCUUACGAUGCCCGCCAACUACGCGCGCGCCGGCCCCGUGUACGCCUCCAUCGCGCUGGCCUUCAUGAUCUUCGCCAACACGUACGCCACGCUCAAGCUGUCGCGAGUGCUGCUCGUGUCGCCGUCGUCCGUCAAGACGUACGGUGACCUGGGCGAGUGGGCCCUGGGCAAGUGGGGCCGCUUCUUCACGACUCUCUCGCAGAUGGGCGUGUGCCUCCUGUCGCCCUGCGCCUUCCUGGUGCUUGGCAGCACGCUGCUCGACGUGCUGUUCCCGGACUCGUUCAGCCAGACCUUCUGGAUCAUCUUCAUGGCGCUCAUGGUCAUCCCCGUGUGCCUCAUCCCGACGCUCAAGGAGAGUGCCGGCAUGGCCUUCGCCGCCACCAUGGGCACGGUCAUUGCCGACGUCAUUGCCGUCAUUGUCAUCCAGUGGAAGAUGCGCGGCCACGGAGCGAUUCCCACCCCCGACAUCUCGGCUCACCAGGUGCUGAUGUGCUUCGGCAACCUCGCGCUGGCCUACGGUGCUGCCAUUGUCGUCCCGGAUCUCCACCGUGAGCACUCGCAGCCGCAGCGUAUGCCCCGCGUGGUGGUGAUCACCAUCCUGAUCAUCUCUGCCUUCUUCAUCGCGAUUGCGCUGGCCGGUUACACUGCCGGUGGCUGCCAGCUCUCGGGUAACAUCCUGUACUCGAUCGUGAGCACGUCAGCCCCGCUUGGCCUGGCCCCGCUUGGCUUCACCACCGACCGCGGAGCUGUGGUGAUGGCGUACCUGUUCAUGCAGGUGCACAUUACCAUCGCCUUCUCGACGCUCAUGAUGCCGCCGUUCUACAUGGCUGAGCGUCUCAUCCUGGGCAUGCACAAGGGCCCCAAGGUUGUGCGCUUCAACAGUGAGGAGGACCGCGCCAACGUGGAGCAGGACCUGGAGCUGCAGGGAUCGUACGUGCGCAGCUCGACGCCCAACGAAAUGUCCAACCGCCAGGUGUCGACCUCCAGCAUGAUCGAGAAGUCCGAGGGCCGGAUGUCCCAGCUGCGUGUGGCGCUCGAGUUCGGCGAGGAGAUCACGGAGGAGCAGCUCCACGAGCCAUACAAGAAGAACGCGCUGCACUACAUCGCUCUGCGUAUCUGCAUCAUUGUCAUUCUGGUGGUGUGCGCCGUGCUGGCGCGUAAGCGGUUCCUCGACUUGGUGGACUUCACGGGCGCCACCGCCCACACGACGAGCUGCCUGCUCAUGCCGCUGAUCAUCUACCUGCGCGUGUUCUGGAGGAAGAUGUCGGUACUGGACAAGGCUGCGUCCAUGGUGGUGAUCGUGGUGUGCGCCGCCGCCGGCUGCUACGUCAUGAUCUACGCCGGCAAGGAGCUCUUCACGCCCUCGGACGACGACACGCUGUUCCCGUACUGCGAGGCCGAGUUCCAGGACGCGCCGUACUACAUCAGGAAUAGCACCAACUAA